CGUGGGGCAUACUGAUAUUCAAGACAUAAACAUGAAAGUCGCUAUGGGGUUCACCGUCCUAUACCUGACACACGUCGCAGGCGCAAUUAUGCACCGAUUGAAUGCUGACGUCAAGCUGGAAAUCGACAAGAUAGUAAAUGCAUAUGGACAUGGGAUAGUCUCGUACAAGGUUUUAGAGCCGGUAUAUGAAUUCGGAGCUAAAACAGGUGACACUGACGUAGGCUAUCGCCAAGUUGGUGUAUGUGUAUGCACAUUCAACAAUGAAAAUAUCAAUACACACACGGAUGAAUCGAGACUACAGACACUUUCGCAUAACCGGAAGAAGCACUCGUGCGAAUGUAAUUUCGCGUUGGAAACAAAGAGAUACACACAGAGGCUCAUGGACAAAGAAUUCGGUACCUCUGAUGAGACAGAACCAUAUCCAUGGGAACCGUUCGAACUACUGGAUAACGAGGAACUCAAUGAACCGUAUGAACUCGAAGAACCGGUUGCAAUGGACGGCAAAGAAGUAGACGCUGGAAACGACAACUAUGGAGAGAAUGAGAAAACAGUUGAAGAGGAGGAAAGCGACGUGAAGACAACAUACAGUGAGAAAUACACUGAAAGUGAUUUUAGCGAAGGUGCAAGCGGUGAAAUACGCGAGCGCGAGUGUGAAAUCAACACAGGUGACAAUGAGGUAUCAGGUUCUGAUAUUUUCACAGAUGAUAGUAACAUCUCGAGUGAUUUAGAAAUAGGGUCAGAUAUGGUAAGCGAAGGUGAAUCAGAUUUCAUAUUCGACAGUGACCGGAAUCGCGAUACGACAAAAAGUGAAGUGGACAAAACAGUCGGCGCUGGGCCCACACAUACCCAAAAAAAUGCGAGCUCAGGAUGGGGAGAAUAUACUGACAUAGGAUACACAGACGAGGAAAAUGGUGAAGGUUAUGGUAGUAACUGUGAUACCGAGAAGGAUUCGCGCGAUACGAGACAGUCAGAGUCAUUAAGUGAUUCUCCGUAUCCUACGCAUGUGGCUUAA